AUGAGUUACGACAAGUAUUACAAAGUACAGGCAUGCGCGUUCUUCGCACAGGGAAAAUGCCGUAAUGGUGGUAAGCUCGAUUGGCCCGCACAACCUCGUACUGGUCAGCCUUGCUACACAGCCACCUUGCUGAUUAUUUCAGAGUACUGUCGGUUCGCUCACGGAGAGGAUGAGCUCAGAGCGCGGGCUCCCAGCGUGGAUUCGGAUUCCUCUGUGACGCCUCCGUCUCCUUCUUCGGUGCUCGGAGAAGCAGAGGAUAUGGGUUGCUGGACUGACUUGGCGAAGAAAGAUGUGGAUUCAUCGGCGCUGAUGGGAGAUGCGUCCACAGUAGACUCCCCUUGCAACAGAUCCAGGAUUUCUUCUUCACUGAGUGAUAUAAGUAGCUGGGUCUCCUUCUGUCCCAGUGGUCAAAUCAGAGAUAUAUCGUUUGCGGAAGGAUUAAGCAUGUCGGUGCUGUCCGACCGAUAUGAGGACUAG